AUGUCUGAACCCUACCUGCAGCCGGUGUCCGAGCCUAUCGUUUCAAGUGAGAGGUUUAUUGCGACGGAUACACAAGUCCUAGUCCUGAAGGAAAGGAUACUCUCUCUUUCUGGAGAUAACUUUGAUAUUACACUUGGGGAUGGGAUGCCACUUUUGAAAGUAACUGGUGCUUUGUUAUCGGUUCCCGGGCGUAAGAAAGUCAAAGACAUGCAUCGCAACCUUCUCUUCGAUAUCCGCAAGGAGCAUAUGCACGUUCAUACUACAUAUGUGAUGGAAGAUCCCGGUCGUAACAAGAUAUGCGAGAUCAGGAACAGUCACAAAUUCAUUGGGUCGAAAGCCACGGCUAUCUAUACUGACCGGUACGGCAAGCAAGUCUUGUUGGUAAUGAAAGGAAACUGGAACGCUCGUGCUGCCCAGAUCGUUAAUGAAAGUACUGAAGAACCAGUCGCUCGCAUUUCCAGGAAACGUUUUACCGCUCGUCAUAUUUUCUUUGGCCAGGACACCUACAACGUGACUGUGGCACCUGGUGUGGAUAUGCCAAUGGUGGCUGGUUUGUGUAUCUGCUUCGAUGAGAAGAACAAUGAUUAG